GCAUGAGACAGAUAACAACAAAGUCAGUAGAAGCGCUUCUUCUCUGUGAUAAAUACCCAUCAGUUAUUGGUGCAAUCUGCGGUUGCGAACCUUUUUACGCGCAUUGAAAUCUUUCACUGAAGAAGUUUUCCAACAUUUUCCAUUCAACUUGCUGAGGACAAGAGAAGAGAGGCAAUGGAUGUGCUGUGCCUGGUGUAUUUGCUGCUGAGCGUCGGUGCUUGGUUCGUUUCAGCGGAGCGACACAGCGUCUAUUGGAACAGCUCAAACCCAAACUUCCUGUGGGAUGACUACAGAGUAGAGGUGCACAUCAAUGACUACCUGGACAUCAUUUGCCCCCACUACACCCACGAGAAGGUGUUGCCAAAUAUGGCCGAGCGCUACGUGCUGUAUAUGGUGGAGAAGGAUGACUAUGAUGUCUGCAAGCCUCACUCAUUCGAUCAGCUCCGCUGGGAGUGCUCGAGACCCUUCGCUCCCCACGCUCCAGAAAAAUUCUCGGAGAAGUUCCAGCGCUUCACACCCUUUACGCUGGGAAAAGAGUUCAGGGCGGGAGAGAGCUAUUACUAUAUAUCUAAGCCAAUGCAUCACCACGGCAGUGAUUGUUUAAGGCUAAGGGUGGAUGUCGUUGGACAUAAAGGCUCUGCAAAGUCUCAAGAUAAGUCCAAAUCGGAGGAGAGAGAGAAGGAGGAGGAAAAAAUGAAGUUUAAUGCUCUAGGAGGAGUUCAUAACCCAGCCAACCGACUCCCAGCAGAUGACCCUGCUGUUAUGGAGCCAAAUGUUCAGAGGAGCAUCGGCAGCUCUGCACCACAGCUGGUGUCUUUGUCGUUCUUUUUCUCCAUGAUCCCAGUCUUAUUAGCCGCUAUGCUGCACUGAGGCCCACUAGUUCUACACAAAACAGAGACAUUUUGAACCCGAUGCAGGCUGUCGGGGAAAUAAUACUGAGAUUUUUAUAUAUCUAUAUAUGAGGUUGUUUUUUUAUACAAGCUUGGACAGUAUGUAUUGUUCAGUGUGUGUUUGAUGUGUCUGUUUGAGUGAAUGUGGAGCGUGGAUCGCUCAAAAGUGGAAACGGACCUCAAAGACGGAUGUUUUUCUUUUUUAUCUUUGCAUUCUUUUUUUAUUUUUUGAGGAUAAAAAAAAUUCUCAAAUUUGGCAAUUUAGGAUGCACACAUUUUUCAGUCAACGUAAAGAAAACUACAAGCAGAAUGAUCAUAAUAUGAGUUUAAAAUCAUAAUGACCUUUGUGAUCAUGUGUUUUUAGAUGUUCAUAUCAUUGGUACAGCCGUGCAUUGUAUUAGCACAUUGUCAGUUAUUUUCUUCCUCCUCUACAUGUAGAGAAAUUAUUGUUGUUCUUUUUUUGUCUGUGUUGUCAGCAGCUGCCAAAAUGGCAAUGUUAAUGUAGGAUAUUUGUAAAGAUGUGUAGCACUCAGCUCCUUGCUCAGCCUCAUCCAGCUUGUUUCAUCUGAAAAAAAGUUUUUCAAACUGUCAAAAUAAAAAAAUGGAAAUUUAUGUUAACUUGGUUUUAAAAUACCCAUUUCAAACUAAUAAUUUUUAUGAAAUAUUUGUUUUCCCGUAAGAAAUAUUUAUAAGAGCAGGGGUAAGUGACCUUUGCAAACUAAAGAGCAUUUAGUGUAACACAAUUUGCCUUAAAGCCAUUGUUUUCUUCAAAGAAUAGGUCAAUUGUCAAAGUUGUAUAAAUUUCUACUACAUUAAAGAGUUUAAAACAAAAGGAGGGGAUAAAACCAUGGCACUUUUGUCAAAAUUACAUUAAUCAAUGUAAGGAUUUAGGUACUAAUGGUGUCAUUCUGGGUCUAUUUUUCCCCUUUGCCCGUUCAAACCACAAUUUUGGUCUUUCCUACCUAUGAGAAAUUUAUUUAUUGGAUUUGAGAAUAAUAAAUCUAUAGUGGUUUUAAAUGGCAAAUGGCCAAAAGGACCAUAUGCAGAUGAUUUGUGUAAAUGAAAAUAAAAAAUAAAACAAGCUUUAAAUGUUUAUAACUUAAAAACACUGAGUUCUAUAUUGUGUUUGGCCUACGUAAAUUGGAGAGACUUUAAAAUACAUCUCCAUGCCACAGUUUGCAGACCUCUGGUCAAAAUCCCCAAACCCAUAAUGAAAAGGUAUAUUUUCCAAAAAGGCUGGGAAUCAAUAAUAAAGGAAACAGCAAUUCUGGUUCAGAA